UUCAACAUAAUUUAGUUCACUGACGUACAUCGGGAGAGUAGUACAUGGCUCUCUGAUAGAAGUGAAUAAAGUUGCCAUAUUUUCAAUGUCAGAUCCUGUUUUUACAUCAAAAGUGGAGUAUUUUAUCCCCUCCAACGAGUGAGACAACAUGAAGCUAGCAGUGGUCCUGCUGGCCCUCGUCCUGGGGCUGGCUACCACCUUUGCUGCAGAGGAGUCCUGUGUGGGUCACUGUGGCUCCUUCAACCCUCAGAAGAAAUGUCAGUGUGACUCUAUGUGUGUGUACUACGGCAGCUGCUGUGGAGACUUCAACAAUGUCUGCCCAAAGAAAAAUUCACGCGGUGAUACCUUUGAGGACCUUAACGAUCCAGCAACGACUCUCGUCAGCCUAGUGGACGCCGCUACGACUUUUGCACCAGUUUCCAACACAAUCUCUGUCCCAACCGUCACGGCCACAACUCCCCCACCCACUACCACCCGUGCCCCCACUCUGCCCCCAGACCCCGCCGCUGCCCCCUGCAGUGGACGGCCUUUCGAUGCUUUCCUGCAGCUGAAGAAUGGCUCUAUCUAUGCAUUCAGAGGUCACUAUUUCUUUGAGCUGGAUGAGAAGGCUGUCCUCCCUGGUUAUCCCAAACGCAUAGAGGAUGUAUGGGGAAUCUCCGGCCCCAUUGACGCCGCUUUCACGCGUAUCAACUGCCAGGGCAAAACCUACAUCUUCAAGGGGAAUCAGUACUGGAGGUUUGACGGCGACGACCUGGAUGAUGAUUACCCUCGGGACAUUUCAGUGGGCUUUGAGAAGAUUCCAGACAAUGUUGAUGCGGCGUUUGCCAUACCAGCACCAAGUCAUAACCAGAAAGAGAAGGUGUAUUUUUUCAAAGGGGACCAGUAUUACCAUUAUGAAUUCAAGCACCAGCCUUCCCAUGACGAGUGUGUGCACAUGACCAAGUCUUCUCCUUCUGUGCUGUUCACCCAGUAUACAGACCUCUACUGUGACUCAACAUGGGAGGGCCUCUUCACAGCGCUCUUUGGUGGCUCCUUCCAAGGCCACCACAAGGGCCCACAUUUCAUCCGUAGGGACUGGAUCGGCAUCAGGCCUCCUAUAGACGCAGCUAUGGUGGGCCGCAUCUACCUCAACCCCCAGGCUCCGACCUCUCUGCCCAUAGCACCACCGCCGAGGAGGAGACGGGUGAAUCGGAAGAGGAGGCCCAACAGGAGGCAAAGGUCGAGGGACUCUUUCUUCUUAAGCGACUUAUGGAGUUUCGAUGACAUGUACACAGACUAUGGCGACUACAGCGACGACAUCCUCGAUGACACCACCACGCAACAACUCAAGGGCUUGCCUGUCCAGAAUGUCUUUUUCUUCAAGAAAGAUAAAUACUACCGGGUAGAUCUGCAGACCAAACGUGUGGACUUUGCCAGCCCUCCUUACCCACGAUCUAUUGCAAAAUACUGGCUGGGCUGCAGACGCGAAGAGUCACCUGAUGAGUCUCGUGCAGAAAAAAGAUAGGCAUGCAUACGGACCGAGUUUGUGGCUCAAGAAAGGACAAGAAAAGAAGGAUUUUCUGGACGAGUUGAUUAUUCUAAAGCUGAACAUCCCACGAGUAGUCCUGAGGAGCGUUUGUCUUCCAGUAGGCAGCACAUAACUUAAUUAGAAAUGCAUUUACCUCAGUUAUUGUUGUUGUCCCACCAUUCUUUAAGAUAAGCCAAAUACAAUACUCUCCACUGUUUAUUCAGAAAAAUAAAUUGCUAUUCUCGUGAAAAAUAAAGUCAAAGGAUGUCA